CGAACUAUCAAAAUAAGGAUAAACACCCUCACUGUCAAAGCACCCUCACGCGCCGUGCAUUAUACGACCGAUUGGUUGUUGUCUAUAACCCCAAUUUAGCCGCCUAACAACGAUGUAAACAACUUUAACAAAAAGUUGAAACCAUGUUAUUUAUGUGGAAGAGAUUACUGUAAAAAGUGCAAAGUAAUUUCAAAAUAAAAUAAUUUCGUUGGGUCGUUGCUUGUAUUCCGGCAGUUGUUAUUGACGGCAUCAUAAUUGACAGCAUUUCCAGUUACUUAAAAUAAUUUAUUACUCAUUUUCGAUACAUAACAACAACACUAACAGCACAUUAAAAUUUAUAUCAAAACCGGAAGCGUGUAAUCAACAAACCGAAAUGAAUAAAGAAAAAGAUCAACGGGGAAAAGUCGCGGAUGGCACACGCGCAAAUCCGCCAAAAAGGGGUGCAUUGAUAAUGAAAACAGUUUCCCUACUGUUAGCAAGCAGUCGCCGUAUAUCAAAUCAAACGAAACAGUCUGGCGAUAAGGACGUAGCAGCGGCCGAACGAGAGAAAUUGCGGAGACGAAAAUUAAGAGCUAAGAAAAUGGAAGAGGCAUCUGGGAAAUUGAAUCCGAAAUUGUUGGAAACAUUGAAGAAAAAAACACAUUUUACCAAAACAGAAAUCGAGGCUCUGUGUCGCAUUUACAAGAAACUGGUGUCUAAUUGUCAUGUAACAUCGCGAGCACUUGCAGCCAAUAAUCCAGUGGUAGCAAAGCAUGCAAUGAUUGAGGGCAUCGAUCGAAACGUCUUUCGUGAACUUCUACACAGCACUUUUGAUAUCGUGACUGAAGAAACGCUAAUGGAACGAAUAUUUACAGCUUGGGAAAAGGGACACGAGGGACUGCCACUUCGUUUAGAAGGAUGGCUGGUUGGGCUAUCCGUUUUUUUAAGAGGCACCCAAGCGGAAAGAGCCGCAUUCUGUUUCAGAGUGUACGAUUUAAACAAUGAUGGCUUCGUGACCAAGGAUGAAAUGUUUUCGUUGCUGAAAAAUUGUUUAAUCAAACAGCCACAGGACGAAGAUCCUGACGAGGGCGUGAAAGAUUUGGUGGAUAUUGCGUUGAAGAAAUUCGAUAUUGACAAAGAUGGGAAGGUGUCUUUUGAAGAUUACUCUGCAGCUGUCGCUGAAGAACCAUUACUAAUUGAAGCAUUUGGACAAUGUCUACCGUCCGAUAGCGCCACCAUUUCUUUUCUAUCAACAUUGCAAGGUUAAAAAAUAAUAGUGCGAUUAAUUAGUGAUAAUUAAUUGUUGAUUUUACAUUUUACAAUAAAUAGCGAA